AUGUCUGCGUCUCCCACAGCAACAGCAACAGCAAUAACAGAACCGGGCCAUGAACUGGCACUGGCCGAAAAGCUUGCAGCUGGAUCCGAACACGUCGAACUCAGCCACCGGCUCGACGACAAGGACAAGGACAAGGAUAUUUCCUCCCUGGGACACGAUACCGAUGCCGACGCUGAUACCAACUUGACCACACCGACGACGCACCGUGAAACCCGGCUGGUGCGCCGCGUCGACUUGCGCGUCCUGCCCGUUCUGGCCAUCAUCUUUGCCGUGUCCAUCAUCGACCGCAUCAACGUCGGCUCGGCCAGGGUGUUGGGCAUGCAGCAGGACCUCGACUUGACGGGCAACCGCUACAACGUGAUCCUGCAGACCUUCUUCCCCGCCUAUUUGUUGGCCGAGCUGCCGUCCAACUACGUCCUGGCCCAGGCCCAGCUCAGUCCCCGCGCCUGGUUGUCUUUCCUCCUGGUCUCCUGGGGCGCUGUCCUCACCGGCAUGGGCUUCACCAGUAGCUGGAGAGUGCUCGCCUUCCUGCGCUUCCUGCUGGGUCUGUUCGAGGGUGGGAUCCUGCCUGGAAUGGUAUUCAUCAUCAGCUGCUGGUACUGCCGGUAUGAGGUCCAUCGGCGUGUAAGCUGGGCCUACUCGGUCGGAGUGCUCGCGUCCGCCUUUGCUGGUGUGCUGGCAUACGCGCUCGGGUUGAUGGGUGGUCUCCGCGACAUGAAAGGAUGGAGAUGGAUCUUCGCGCUCGAGGGCGCCGCCACCAUGCUGAUCGGCAUCGUGUCUUGGUUUGCCAUCCCCCACUUCCCCCAGCACUCGAACGUACUCAGUGCCGACGACAAAGAGCUGUACACGGCCCGGCUGCAGCGUGACCACGGUCAUGGCCAGGCCAACGGAGAAGACAAGAUCACCUGGUCUCUUCUCGGAGAGGUGCUCGGCGACUGGACGAACUGGCUCCAAAUCCUGCUCUUCACCUUCACCAAUACCUCGACAUACAGCCUGGCAUUUUUCGUGCCCACCAUCCUUACGGGAAUGGGCUACACCGGACUUCAUGCCAGUCUCUACUCAGCCUGGCCCUACCUGGCCACCAUGGGCGCCAUGUGGAUCUUUGCCUACGUGAGCGACAAGACCAGGAUGCGCACCCCCGUCAUUUGCGUCCAGAGCCUUCUCCUGCUGAUCGGUCUCCUUCUCAUCCGGCCCCGGUAUUCCAAUCAGCUCCGGUAUUUCGGCGUGUUCUUGGCCACCAUCGGCUGUCAAUGCAACGUCCCGGCCCAGCUGGCUCUCGCGCAGUCCAACGCACCGGGAUCGGCUAAGCGGUCCAUCAUGGCCGCCGUCGUGGCCUGGGGAGGUCCGAUCGGGGGGCUGGUGGGAAGCAACAUCUUCCGCCAGCAGGAUGCCCCCACAUAUGUGCCUGGCUUGUACACCACUGUGGCCAUGGCGGUCAUGAUCAUUGUCGGCAACGUACUUGUUGCCUUGGUCUUCCACAGGAGAAACCGAAUCGCCGAGCAGACCAACACUCCCGUGCAUGGUGUGCCAGACUUCAAGCACUCAUUGUGA